UGUCGCUGAGGGAGGAGUUUGCGCGUGUGAACUGAGAGUUGUGCUCGUUGCAGAAUGUCACCUAAAUCGUGAAGGAAAGGAGUGAGGUGAAUUGGCGCCCGAAGCUGUGGAAGUUGUUGUACCUCGCAAUGCCCAACGGUGGACCUUGUCACGAGUGUCUCUGUUGAAGCCAUACACGUUAAACCGCGCUGUCCGCUUUGUCCUCCGUGUCGAGGCCGCUGAAUCGCAGGCCUGGAGCACUCACUCCUGAGAGCCGGAGAGGAGAGGAGUGGAGGAGCAGGAGGCCGCCAACAUGAGGAAGGACGUGAGGAUCCUUCUGGUGGGAGAGCCAAGAGUUGGUAAAACAUCUUUAAUUAUGUCGCUGGUCAGUGAAGAGUUUCCAGAUGAGGUUCCACUUCGAGCUGAGGAGAUCACCAUUCCUGCUGAUGUCACCCCAGAGCGUGUCCCAACGCACAUUGUAGAUUAUUCAGAAGCUGAGCAGACAGAUGAGCAGCUUUCCCAGGAGAUCUCCAAGGCCAAUGUAAUUUGCAUUGUGUAUGCUGUGAACAAUAAAACUUCAAUAGAGAAGGUGACCAGUCGAUGGAUUCCCCUAAUUAGUGAUCGUACCGAUAAGGAUAGCAGAGUGCCAUUGAUCUUGGUGGGAAAUAAAUCAGACUUGGUAGAACACAGCAGCAUGGAAACAAUCCUUCCUAUCAUGAAUAAGUAUACAGAGAUUGAGACGUGUGUGGAGUGCUCGGCCAAAAACCUGAAGAACAUCUCGGAGCUGUUUUAUUAUGCACAGAAAGCUGUCUUGCAUCCAACAGGACCCUUAUACUGCCCUGAAGAAAAAGAGAUGAAGCCUGCCUGUAUUAAAGCCUUGACUCGCAUUUUUAAAAUCUCGGAUCAGGACAAUGAUGGAAUUCUCAAUGAUUCUGAGCUAAACUUCUUCCAGAGAACAUGUUUUAACACUCCCCUGGCCCCACAGGCUUUAGAGGAUGUGAAGAAUGUGGUUAGGAAAAACAUGAGUGAUGGAGUCUAUGACAAUGGGCUUACUUUAAAGGGAUUUUUGUUUCUGCAUACCCUGUUUAUUCAGAGAGGCAGGCAUGAGACUACAUGGACAGUACUACGUCGUUUUGGAUAUGAUGAUGACCUGGAACUGACCCAGGACUAUCUCUUCCCUCCGCUAAAAAUUCCCCCAGACUGCACAACCGAGUUGAACCACAAUGCUUAUUUGUUCCUUCAGAGUGUUUUUGAUAAACAUGACUUGGACAGGGACUGUGCUUUGUCUCCAGAAGAGUUAAAGGAUCUUUUUAAAGUAUUUCCCUACAUGCCAUGGGGUCCUGAUGUGAAUAAUACAGUUUGCACCAAUGACCAGGGUUGGAUAACCUAUCAGGGCUAUCUUUCUCAGUGGACGUUGACAACAUAUCUAGAUGUCCAAAGAUGUCUUGAGUACUUAGGUUAUUUGGGUUACUCCAUCAUCACAGAGCAGGAGUCACAGGCAGCAGCUGUUACUGUCACCAGAGAUAAGAAGAUUGACCUGCAAAAGAAACAAACCCAGAGAAAUGUCUUCAGGUGUAAUGUUAUUGGUAUAAGAGGCUGCGGAAAGAGUGGCUUACUGCAAGCCUUCUUGGGACGUAAUCUGAUGCGACAAAGACAAAUUCGUGAAGAUCACAGGUCAUACUACGCUAUAAACACCACUUAUAUCUAUGGACAGGAGAAGUACCUUCUGUUACAUGAAGUACUUCCAGAUUGUGAAUUCCUCAGUGACUCUGAUUUGUCCUGUGACGCCGUCUGUCUUGUGUACGAUAUCAGCAAUCCUCUGUCAUUUGAGUUCUGUGCUCGAAUUUUCAAGCAACACUUCAUGGACAGUAAAACACCUUGCAUGGUAGUAGCUGCUAAGUCAGACCUUCAUGAGGUGAGGCAAGACUACAGCCUCUCCCCCUUGGAAUUCUGCAGAAAACAUAAGCUGCCACCCCCUCAACAGUUCACCUGCAACACUGUGGACGUUCCCAAUAAGGACAUCUACUCCAAACUAACCACCAUGGCCAUGUAUCCCCAUGCCCGGUUACGCUGCCUGUGCACCUGCAACAGGUGCACCUUUUGCCUCUGUCAGAACUUCUUGAGCUCAGACUUGCUGCAGUCUGUAAAGACCAAACUCUUCACUGCUGUCCUGAACAGGCAUGUGACUCAAGCUGACUUGAAGAACUCCACUUUCUGGCUCCGUGCGAGUGUGGGAGCAACGGUGUUUGCCGUUCUUGGAUUCGCCAUGUAUAGAGCUCUCUUGAAGCAGCGGUGAUCUGUCAAAAGAGCUCGAUUUCCUUUUUCCAUUUGGAGUCUGUAAAGUUUCCUUCUUGUUUUUAUUUUAGCAAAGCCAUUGUCCUGUCAUUCCUGCCAUGUGCCCCAACUGCAGAAAGCUUUUUCUUAUUUUAAAUGGGAUAUGUAUAUUUUCAGUAUUAUUGGUGGGGUGGGGGGGCUUCAAGAGAGAGGUGAACUGUGGCUGGAAUGGUUUCACUUUGUAUAUAAUGUACAGCGGGACAGGAAAGCUGACUCCAAGCCAUCUCGCUUUUUUAUGUUAAUCUUGUUUCAUUAUAGAUGUUUAUAAUAAAUAAUUUAUUUGGCUUGG